AUGGCGUCAUCGGAAGUAUCAUCGCAAGCACCUGCAGUAAAUAUUGAUGAAAUCAACGAAUGCUAUAAUAAGCUGGAUUUGGACUUCAAAAACACAAAAAUUGCUUUUAAAGUGGGCAAAAAAACGAGUGAACUGUUCCGUAGCCUUGUUGUACUUCCUCUUUGUACACUACCGUCAUUAAGGAAAAGAGAACAACUACUGAUGGUUGGAUUGAAAAAAAUAUUUGGUGAAAAAUUGUAUGCGAAACUUUUGAAAUUAACGUUUUUCGGACAAUUUGUUGGCGGUGAAACAGUAAGUGAGGUGCAAGAGACAAUGAAAAGGCUGAAGAAAUAUGGAGUGAAGUCAAUCUUGGAUUACUGUGUUGAGUCGGAUAUUUCUUCGGAUAAAGCCGAAAAGAAAACUGUACAGGGAAUAGACGAAGGUGAAAUCAGAAUUGAGCCAGUAGGAAAUGUUGACAAAGCAACAGUGGAAAAAACACAACAACAUUAUACAGUCCACAAAGAAUUUGGUGAUUGUCGUAAAGAUGUUAGCACCAGGACUUAUUUUUAUGAAAAUGAAGUUCAGUACAAUAAAAACUGCGAUAUUUUUUGUGCCAGUGUAGAUGCAAUAAUUUCGGCAGUCGGCAAUUAUGGAAUUAAUUGCAUCAAAUUAACAGCUCUCGGAAGACCGCAGUUGCUUCUGAAAUUAUCAGAAUUAAUAGUACAGUCGGACAAUUUCUACAACAGAUUGAUUAGAUCAUCGUGGGAGGAUCUUCUGCUUGAUAAAAUCACAAAAGAAGAAUUUUCGAAGAGAAUUGAGGAUCACGGUGUUCAAAUAGAUAAAACCAUGAUACAGAAAUUGUUAAAAACAGUGGAUUGUAACGAGAAUGGCUUUGUUGACUCCUACGAUUGGCGUAAACUUAUCAACGAACACGAACGGGACGAUCACAUGUUUCAGGUGUACAAUAUGAAAACGAAGAAAAUGGAACCGUUAUUGAAUUGUCUAACAGGAACUGAGUCUCAAGAAACAGUCAAUAUAAUGGAUCGUAUCAUGCGAACAAUUGAGUAUGGAAAAAAGUAUAAUUUACGUACAAUGAUUGAUGCUGAGCAAACUUAUUUUCAGUCGGCUAUUUCGAGACUGGCAAUGAUAAUGAUGAGGAAGUACAACAAAGAAAACACUUUAGUUUUUAGCACUUAUCAAGCAUAUUUGAAGAGUUGCUUAAAAAACAUUGAAUUGGAUUUACAUUUGGCUAAACGGGAAGGUUUCCAUUUUGGAUGUAAAGUUGUUCGUGGUGCAUAUGAAGAACAAGAAAGGAAACGUGCUGCUGCUCUAAAUUACGAUGACCCAAUCAAUCCGAAUAUUGAAGCAACAGCAGAGAUGUACAGACAGGUGAUGCAAAGAAUAAUAAAGGAAUAUCAGGAAAGAAGUCCUGAUAGCAUAUCGGUAAUGGCGGCGACACAUAAUGAGCAAAGUAUUAAACAAGUUAUUGAAAUGAUGCGUGAAGCUAAAAUAUCACCUUCCAGUGAAAUCGUCUCUUUUGCUCAGCUUUAUGGAAUGUGUGAUCAGACUUCAUGUUCACUAGGAAAUGCUGGUUAUUCGGUAUAUAAAUAUGUACCUUACGGACCGAUCGAUGAAGUUUUGCCCUAUCUUUCUCGCAGGGCACAAGAAAAUGCUUCUGUCUUGGGUAAGGUUAAAAGGGAGGUCCAUUUAAUAUUCCGAGAAUUGAUAAGAAGGACUGUUACUCUCAAUGGAAGACUCGAUUAA